UGGCGAUUUUAAGGGUGGCUGAUACUUUAAUCCUUCUUGCGCCACCAAGAAAUUCUAGUUGUACUUGUUUACUAUGUUAGUAGAUAAGAAGUAUCUCUGUCAAAAAUGAUUCACCACGCUGAUGUAUAUAGACAGCUAGAUAGAGAUUUUGAGUGGCUAAUAUACUAUUCUUUUUGCAUUUGGGUUGCAGCCUCCAUGGAUGGAAAAGACCCAAAAUCAAUAGCUAUGCAAGUUGCUGCAAGCCUCGCACAAAGGUGCCUAAUUAUAGAGUAAUCAAUCCCAUAGACAUACAUAUGUUCAAAACCGAGGGUGCUUUACCAUUAGCACAAACCACUUGGGUGGAAAUCUUUUGCAUUGACAUAAGAAUACAAAGUUUGACAUGGUAGGAGAGCUAUCAUCCUCAGAGACCCAGGGGCAGAUAGUGGGGGCGAGAGAAAGUCUAAACGGGCGGAAAAAUAUGGCAUGAAGAAAAGUAAAGAACGGCAAGAAGAGCCCCUGGGGACAAUGUCUUUCCAAACCAGUUUCAAACGGUCGCCGCCAUUCUGACUUCUGAUUGGUGCCAGAAAACUUUUGUGUUUUUCUACCCAAUCAGAAGGCAGAAGGGCGGCGACCGUUUAGAACUGGUUUGGUAAGACAUUGUCCCCAGGGGCUCUUCUUGCCGUUCUUUACUUUUCUUCAUGCCAUAUUUUUCCGCCCGUUUAGACUUUCUCUCGCCCCCACUCUCUGCUCCUGGGUCUCCGAGAAUGGAGAGCUAUCUGCCAUAAAGUAUAUCUACAUCAGCUUAACAGACUUAAAAGUGAAAGAAAUUGCAUGGCCUCAAAACACAGCUAUUAAUAUUAUUUAUUUGACUGAAGUUUGUGGAAUGGCAUGAAGUAUUUGAUUUUCCAACCAGCAUUUCAGUGUUCAAUCUAGGCUGCGUGAAUAUUCUGACGCAAGAUGAAGUUAUUGUGGAGUCAUACUGAUGCAAAAAAAAGUUACGUCACUUAUAAGUACUUCCAAAGCAGCAGGCAACAAUAAAAGUAAUUUUAAAAAAAUAGGCGUGCUUUCUAGUGUGAAAUGAGUGCAUGAAAUUACCAUCAUUUUAGGCGCUCCAUGCAAUUCAUGCAGAGACGGGAGCGUACAUUUUGACAUUCUGGAUACUUUGUUUUGCCGAUGGAUUCACUCUUCAUUUGUUGACUUUGUUCUUUAUGAAACAAGAACAAAAGCUAAGUUACUUUUUUAUGCAAAGGAGACUGGCAGGAUCAGGAUGGUGAAGCUGGAGAAGUCAGUUUGAUAAGUCAACCUCUAGAACUGCAAGAGCCUAUUGGUGAUAAUAAUUUGGAUGAUAUCUGUUGUUCAAAGUUUCAAUAUCUUAAUAUUUUGACCCAGACCAUUAGAAUGCCAUGUGGGACAUAUGACCCCCCCGCCUUGACUAAUUUGUAGAUUGAACACUGAGAAGGUCUGGUUUUCCCAUGUAAAUUGUAAGUACCCCAAGUUGACACGAGGGUGACGAUGCAGAACGUGGUGUAUAGUUUAGGUGUGUUAUGUAUAGCUAUUUUGCUUGAACACGUUUUGUUAUGACACAACCCACAACCCUUUGGUAUGUUACAGAGCUGGGCUUGGAUCAAUGGUGGCAGAGGACUUGAAAAUCCCAAACAGAUUUGUUGGAUUAAGUAAGUGGGUGGUGGAUGCGAUCUCUGCCCUGAACUUUGAAUUCCAGGGCUUUCAUCAGAAGAAUCUGAUUGAACUGCAUGCUAUCAUUUGCUUUGUCUCAACUUUCACUUGAUUGUCUCUUGUAUUGUGACAAAAGCUCCCCCCCUAUAAACAAAUACCUCCAGCGUGGUGUAAUCUAAUAUGUAUUGCAGACCUAUAUUUUCCUAGCUAUGCUUCAUAUACGGAGCUGUGAUUAAUGCAAAUCAAAGCACAUGGUUGGAUUAAACAUAGCAGCUACUUUCUUUGAUCUGAACAGCAAGGAAGGCAUUGAAAAACAGAAAGAGAUGUGCCAUGCACUGUUUCCACCAUUUUUUAACAAAGACUUGAAAUAGUAGAAGAGUAGAUUUUGACCUAAGCUCCUAGUGUUAAGAAAAAAUACCUCUAUGAUUCUUAAGUGAAUGAUUCUUCUAUAACUGAAGAGUCAAAUGUAUAUCCAUUUUUGAAAAAAAAAAAAUAAAAGUAAAAAUAUUUUCUCUUCUGGUUGUUCAUGCUUAGAUGAUCUUGAUACUUUGUGGUAAUCUAACUGUUUGAAGGCAGUUCUCGACUUGUUUUGCCUGAAUUGUGUUGCAUUUGAUUUCCUUUCAUAGCAGCAGGAAAUUUGUUAAUAGUGUAAUUUUGUGCCUUUUUCAGUCAUUGGACGUGGUGGAGAACAGAUCAAUAAACUACAGUCAGAAACAGGAGCUAAAAUACAAGUUGCCCCAGGUAAACCAAAAAAUAGUGUCUGUGAGGGUUGCUUUGUCAACCCCAUGUUCCUUCAUGCGCCUCUUUAUCAACGAAUUUGAGCUUGUACGUGCAGAAAUAAAUUCGAAUGCCUUGUCUACGAGAUGCUAUUUAUACAAGAACUCAAACCAUCGCUGAAUGUGCAAUUUGACCCGAUUGCACUAAGCCUUUCCUUUAAGAAAUGUACAUAAUAAUGAAGCAAGCACAAAUGCAAUCUAAUUUAUUCAAACGUCAAUUCUUUUAACAACUUUAUAACUUAACUUUUCUCACUCUUUAUAAUGAUGUUCAAGACACUGAAGUGUCGAGUAAGGUUCUUAAGUUAAAUUUUUGUUGUAAAAUGCUUCAACAAGCAAGUGACUUUUAGAUCUUCAGAACUGUAUUAUGUCUUCUUUGUGUGUUAGACCCACCUCCUGGACAGAUCGCACCUCCAGACAGACAUGUAUCUAUUAAUGGAACCCGAGAAGCUGUGGAGUAAGUAACUUUUGUUUCAUUCAGAAAAUUAAAAUAAUAACUAAAUUGACUGAGACUUGGUGACUCGUUGGAUGGUGUAAUUCCAGAGUUUUCUUUGGCUCAUUGGCUGUAGUGUAACAGUAUGACCCAUAAAUCCAUUAUCAAGAAAACAGAUGAUAUGCAUGUGUGAAAAUAUCUCCUGGUCAUACUUGUACAGUCGACCCCUGAUAACUCGAACCCUCGCUAACUCGAACCUCGCGCUAACUCGAACCAAAAUUGAUUUCCCCUUGAUUUCCGUCAUACAUUCACUGUAAUUUUACCCUCGAUAACUCGAACUCCUGCUAACUCGAACCAAUUUUCGUUUCCCUUCAAGUCAUUUUCUAUAUAAUUUUACCCUCGAUAACUCGAACCAUGUUUUGAACCCUUAAAAAGUCGGGAAAAAAGCCGUCUACUGGCGUCCGAAACAUUGAAUUUUGGAUUUGCUAUUGACGUGUUGUAGGAGUAUAGUUUACUAGUGGAGGCUAAUGUUGAUUGUUAAAUGCUAACGUGAAGUAGCUUUUCUUCUCAAAACAGUAAAACGCAUGCUCUAUUUUGGCUAUCUUUUGUUAUGUUACGUUCUGAUUUAUAAUCUAAAAGUAUCUUUUAAUUUUCACUUGACAUUUCUACAAUUAAAUGUGAUUGAAAUGUUCACUGUGCAGUAAAAACUGUUUCUUAACUUACUCUCAGCUAUUUUCUUUGAACUCCCGAUAACUCGAACCUUUUUUUGAUUUCCCUUGAACGUUCGAGUUAUCGGGAGUCAACUGUACAUGUAAGACAAGGUGAAUCAAGUUAUCCGCAUUAAAUGGUGAUAAAUUUUAUAAAGAGGAAUUGUGGUACACCAAGUAUUAUAAUGUACAUGUAUACCAAGAGUGAUAACCAUACCAUACAUGUACAUUGAAGACAGAACUAUCCACAGACCAUCACAUUCCAUUUUUUUAACAUGUGUUCCUCUUCUAACAGACCUGUUUUCUUUUACAACAGGAAGGCAAAAAACCUAUUAAACAGAAUAUGCGAGGAAGGAAAGAUUCCUGAAUCAUUGGUAAGAGACAUAAGUUUUAAUAAACAUGACAUCUUAUUGUUAAAUCGGCAAGGUCAAUUACUGUUACUAGGACAAGGAUAACAUGUUCAUGAGCCUUUAUCACUGUUAACAAGAUUUGUCUGUUUCUUCUUGUUGUUGGUGUUGUUUUGUGGCUUGUUUUAGAUGUCACUGCCAGUUGUUGCUCCAGGUGAACAAGUAAUAGAAAUUAUGAUUCCAGCCAGUAAAGUUGGACUUAUUAUUGGUAAGUUAUUAGUUUCUUUGUUUGGCAACUACUUAAGGGAGAUUUCAGCUUUACAUCUCAAGCCCUGCACCAUUAACCAUUUAACCUGAGUGAAGGUAUCUGCACCAGCAAAUUUUGCACAUUUUUGCAUCACUUUUAGUGGUUAUUUUAUAGAUACUAUCUAUAUGUCACUACAUUGACAGUAUUCCUCAGUUCUUGCUUUUCUGGUGUAAAAAAGUUUAUUUUCCUCUCAAAAUCAACUGUUUUUGCUCGAUACUACCAUCACAGACCUUCUUGCCCGCCAUUUUGAAUCACCGCUGUGUAAAAUGCUCGUGGAAGCCUGGGAAAAUGCCAAAUGACCUCUCUAUAGCCACCUUGGAUUUUGAUAUGUGACCAGUUGCUAGGUGUGACGCAUUUCCGGAAGAUGCGUUACUCAGUGUCAGCUAUAAUGCAGUGAAGCGCGCCGAAGUAUGAAGAUUGAAGAAGAGUUUUAUUCAAAAUUGAAAAGAAUUGCUUCUGUAAAGUGAAAGAAAUUGGCAGAAAAAAAACAGACCAGAGGAUUAGGGGCCAAGAAAACGUUUUACUCUCCCGUCAAAAUUGUCAGAAUAAUUAUAUCAGGUGAGAAGACACACUGUUGUAAUGUAAAUUUAAAACAAUGAUAAGCCCUGGAAAACGGAGUAUAUUGCAAGAACAUAACAAAUAUUGACGAGAAGCAAGUAAUAUUAGUCAUCACAGCUUUAACAGAAGCAAGAAAAAUCAAGUUGGACAUACAGCGGCGGCAGUUUGUCAAUGAAUCCAAGCAGUAAAUAGAUUUUGUUCAGCACAUCAAUAGAACUUGAUGCCGAAAAGAGGAGUUGAAUUGCGCUCCUCCCGUCCUUUUUCUUAGUAACGGAAAUGAAAAUUUUUCUUUAACUUCUGGUAAAUCAGUCAACUUUUGAGUAGAUUUUCUCUUAAAUGUGAAGGUAUAUUCAAAAAAGAACACCAGAUAUGCAUAUUACAUCAUCAGAACUUAGUGUAGAAAGAUUUUGAGGGCAAAAUAAAAUGUUGAAAAUUUGCCGGUGCAGGUACCUUAACAGCCAAAAUUUGCCAUGCCACCCCUGGUCUCCCUGCGAAAUGACUUGCACAUAAAUUCCAUUCAGUUUAGUUAAUUUUCAUCUGUGGUCAGGGUGCAAAGAAAAUCAUUUUUACAGCUUGCCAUUCGGCCAAGCUGAAGGUAGCAUUUACUAGCCCAGACGUCAUUUCAACUAGCCCCAAAAGCUUUUCGUCGAGCAGAAUUGAUUUCACAUUUCUUCUGUUAUUCGAAUUCCUCAAAGAACAUCACUUGCCCGUCGGGCAAGUUAAAAACAGAUUUCACUAGCCCGAUAGCAAAAUCCACCAGCCCCGGGCUAUCGGACACUACUUUCUUUGCACGCUGUGUGGUGCAGGCUAAAUAUUUGCUGCCUACUCAACAUUUUGCUAUAACAGUUGAAAUAAUGACCAGAAAAUUUUAUGCCUUUGCCACCUACUCUGGUUAUCCUGCUUUCUAUUUUAAAACAUUUUGACUUGGCUGAUAAGAAAUGUAGGAUUUUCUAUAAAGAUUUACAUUUUAUUGACCUGUUUAAAUGAAAUUGCAGGUAAAGGAGGUGAAACUAUCAAGUCUCUUCAGGUAUGUUUGCCAGGGUUGGUUUGAAAACUCUACAACUCCAUAAACUGGUAUUUGGUUCAUUUGAAUACAUUUUAGAGUAGUUAGCCAUAUACAUGUGUUACUUUGUAAGCGCAUGCAUGAUGUUUUUGUUUGCAAUGAGGUUUGAUGUUAAUCUUGGAAUGAGAGAGAGCUUUUACACUGCUCAUACACACUGUGGACUUAAAAAGGGUUGUUCGUAAGUCAAGAUAGAAGCUGCAACACAAUGAUACUAAGCAGCAAGAUUCUGAGUGAAUUGUGUGCUUUGUUGGUCAGCAGGUUCUUGUAUGACAGCAAAAUGCAUUCUUUUUAUUUGUACCAGUUUGUACAGCUGUACUACAUUUAUGUGGAGCACAGAGUGAAGAAAAUUAAUUCUGUUUAUACAUGUAAAUUACUGAGAUUGUAAAUCAUUGUAUUUGAUUGAGAUCUAAAGCAAAUUGUAGUGGGGGAGGGGGGGUCAUUAAAUGCCAUUUUAGGCGUGCAAAAUGCUGAGCAAUGCAGUGUCUUUCAUUGUAAAGUGCUAGAUACAGCUUGAUGCGAAUGCAAAUGUUGAUGAUGAAAUUUCACAGGAAAGAGCACAGUGUCGCAUGGUGAUGGUUCAGGAUGGGCCAUACUUGAAUGCUCCAGAGAAACCUCUUCGCAUCAUGGGAGAUUCCAUGAGAACACAACGUGGAAAAGAUCUUGUACAGGACCUGCUUACUGAAAAGGAGCUUGAGGUCAGUGGCAAUCCUGGGGACAGGAAUUGGAAGGUGAAAAUGGGUGAAACUCACAGGAAUACUGGAACAGCAAUAGUCCUGUCCCUUUUUAACAUGUUUUUACAUCAAUUAAUUUUAAAUUUACUAACAAUUAUACUGUAAAUUUCCUAGAGCAACAACCCUUGUUACUUUUGGAUUAAGCAGCCUUUUUCUAUCGCUACUUUCGGAGGGUUGCUACACUGGAACCUCGAUUUCUUUGCCCCAGUUAUUGUAAACUAUGUGGAAAAGAACCUCAAUAUAACAAAACCUUGUUGUAGCGAACAGAUUUUGCCAGUCCCUUUUCUCUUCUUUAUAUUGAGAUUACACUGUACUUUCAGGAGGUCACUACUUUUGGCUAACUAAAAUGUGUAUUGUACAUGGGUCGCACAAAGUUAUGAUAAUAAUAUGGCAACAAUUAUGAAAACAUCCACACUUUUUAUUUGGAGAAACUUAUUUCACAUUAUUGCUUUUUAAAUAAAAAUUCAAAACAAUUAAUUGAUUACGGUAUGGUAUUCACUGAGGAAAGGAAGACGUUUUGAAAAAAAAAAAAGAUGUAAUGUUCCCUUUAAGUAAAACCAAGGUAAAGCUUGUUGUAACUAUAAUUUCCGUUAUUUCUAGCAAGAGGGGAAAUUACUCUUAAAUCAGUACUUUCGAGGGUCGUUUGUUUUUGGACGAAGGGGGUUGCUUCUUUUAGCAUUUGCUAACACCUGUGAAGUUUUAUUGCGUCUUUCGAAGGGUCGCUACUUUUGGGGGGUCGUUACUUUCAGAACUUUAUGGUAAUAAUUAUUAUAUACCAGACUGAAAAACAGUUGUAGAUUAUAAAAUGAUGAACCAUGUGACUUGAUGGUUUUCUUGGAUUUACAAUGAAUUAAGCUCUCCAUUUAUAACGCACUGCAAUGCAUAUAUGCAUUAUCAAGAAUUAUUAUUUUCCCUUGUUUUCAGAGUUGCACCUUCUCUUUUACACUUUCUCACAGACAAUAUUGAGAGUUACAAUAGCUUGUUAUGGCCUCGAUAAAGCGUUCUUCAAUUCCAUGUACAAAGUGGAUACAAUUAUUGUCACUAAAUUUGUUAUUCAUUUAAGUUGUUUUCAUCAUCUCUUUUCCACAGUCUUAAACUAAGGAAAAUGAAAAGUGAAAAACUAUUUAAACAAAAUCAAGAAAAAAAAUUACUGUACCACAACCAGUUCUUAAUUGUAAACAAGGCUCUGGUGGUUUGAUGGCAAUAAGUUGUACAUAUUUAUUUGGGAAAGAGAGUGGUUAUUAUUUUAAAAGGUUGUUUUUUGUAACAAUUUUGUUACUGCUGCCCCUACACUGUGGAACAGCCUUCCUGCACAUAUCCAGGGUAUUGGAUCACCCUGUGCUAUUAAGAGACAAGUCAAGAAAAAUCUUGAGAUUAUAAUUAUUUUAUUUUCAAAAUUUUAAUUAGUAUGACUGCAAAGUGCUUUUGAUCAUUUUUAUUUUAUAUAUUAAAAAGUGCAAUAGUAAACUUAUAAAUUAUUAUUAUUAUUAAAAGAAAAGCAAGAUUAAAAACAUCAAUAAUCACCUGACAGAAGUUAAAGUAAUAAUUGUGGUUCAGUUAUUGAACCACAGCAUAACACAUGUAUUACACGUGCAAUCGAUAUAAAUAAGCUGUUUUGUACAGUGCUAGUUAGAUUUUAUUAUAAUGUCAGGAAGCACAAGUUGUAGAAGAAGCACUUGAUGAGAAGUAAAUACAAUGGCUAACUUAAAAGAUUUGUCUCUACAGAAUAACAUGCCUGGCAUGGACUUCCGAGGAAAAAGACCAGACAUGGGUAGAAACCAAGCUGGUAUGCAGCAAAUAGAGGUGGGUACAUCAAGAUUUAGUGUUAGUUGCAUAUUAUCAUGGGUGACAAAUUACUGCUUAAUUUUGGCACAAAAUUUUAGGGUUAAUUUAUAAUAGUUAUUUCACUUGUGAAAUUACAAAAUUGCUAUGCCAAAAUUCCGUACGUGUCAGCGCCAAUAUGGCAUUAAAGUUUUAAAAUGCUGUGAAUGGAGAUGUCUGCGCAUUUUAAGAUGUUUUGCCAGGGAAAGCUUAAAUAAAAUAAUAUUGUUUAUAAAAUCAAAGUUAAAGCUUUCCCUUUUACACAUACUUGGAUAUCAAUUUUUGAGGAAAUGUUACUUUUUAUUUAGAGCUUGUAAACUCAUAUUUGUGGCUUACUUGUGAGUGCUAUGUCUUUGGCAUUGUUAUAGUGACUGAUACAAUGUCAUUGUUGUCAGCCUAAAUGAUAAUAUUGUUCCAGUGUGUGUCGUUAAAAUUGUAAGAUGCUUCCAUUAGAUUAUGUCUAUAGUGAAACCUGUAGUAGAUUGUGCAUAAAGUAGACAGCUUGUAUUACAAGUUUCAUUCCACAAUGUAUUGCUGAUCCAUUUUUUGCAACUGAAUGCUUUUUUGAGAUCAAGUAAACUGUACAAUGUUAAAUGUAAAUAAUAGCCUCAGACACCUCUUGAAAACAGGUUCUUCUCUGGAUAGUGUCCAUCUUCAGAUAGGACAUUAUAUAAUAAACUUUUGACCUUUUUUGGUACGUGUAGAUUCCAGUUCCUCGAGAUGUUGUUGGUUUUGUUAUUGGUAAAAGUGGGGAAACCAUCAAAAGAAUACAAGCUGAAACUCAAGCUAGAGUGCAGUUCAAUAUGAGUAAGUGGAUACUGUACUUUUUUGGCACAUACUAUUUCAGAAAAGGUCUUUUGUCUCACUCCUCUAUUGUGUAACCUUCUGUGCAGCAUUGACUUGUCUGGCCUUUUCAUUGUCUCUUGAACUAACUGUUGGUAAAUAAAAGCCUUGUCAUCGCUGGCUGUGGGCCAUGUGAUUUCUUGCAAUAUGCUCCGGCCUAGCGUUAAAUUUGCAUUUCAUUAAUGUAAUCCCUUGAUUGUUAAUAAAACCCUUCAUGCUACUGCAUAAGCUCACGAUAAUGAUGAGAUAAUUUAUGAUGAGAUACCGGUAAUAUUUUUGUAAUAUUUUGAGAUAUCUAUUUUGUUACAAACUUGUAAACUUACUUUAAAGAAUUCCUUUGUCUCUUUUAGGAAAUCCUUAUUUAGCUUGAUACAAAAUGUUCUUUGUUUUGCCUGCUUGUGCUUCAACCUUAAUGAUUGCUUUUGUUUUGCCUUCUGUGCACUAACAGGAGCAUUUUAUUGUUUUGGUUUCCUUUUAGAAGAUAACUCUAAUGCCCCUGAGAGGAUGGCAUCUGUCCAAGGAACACCAGAACAGAUCCAGAAGGUCACAGACAUGAUCCAGGAAAUUAUACAACAGGUGAUUAUGAUCUCAACUGUGUGUUUACUUGUAUAUUAUAAUGAAAAACUACUAGACUGCUGAAAGUCUUAAUACAAUACGGUACUUGCUUUUUAGCAAGGUGUAUUGGUAUAUGAUUUUCAAACCCCUUGGAAAAGGUGGUCCACUUGACCAGGGGUAUUUAAUGGUACUUUUCAUUCAGGGCAGGAAAAAGCGCAGGUCAGAUUGCCCUGGGCAAGUGAAUUUUAUCUUGGGCAAGUGAAUAUAGCCUCAAAGUCUGUCUGAAAGUGUCAGUUUAGUGAUAAUCUCCAGACAGAAACUUAUUAACAACUGAAAAGAUGAGUGAGACAGUUAUUUGAAAUCAUGAAUGAAUUAAAAUCUAGGAUUGCUUGUUGCUCCUCCAAUCACCAUAAAUAUUAGUCUUGCCUUGGACCAGGCUCUGCAGUAGGGAAAAGCACAAAAAAUGGGUUGAAAACAGAAUAAAACAGGCGAAAACUCCUUCCCCAGACUACCACUCGGCUCACUUCGUUUGCCAAUUUUUUUUUGCUCUCUCGAUUUUUCUUUGUCACCUUUUUUCCCCACUGCAGAGCCUGGUCCCAGGCUAUAUUCGUUAAAUCCAGUAGUUACUCUGUACAGGGUUCACACACGCCUUGAAAGUCCUUGAAUUUUAAAAUAAAAAUUCAAGGCCUUGAAAAUUGUAGUCGGUGCUGAAAAAUCCUUGAAUUUCGGUGCUAACUUUGUCCAACCUGGAUUCUCAAGUACUUACAAGGAGCAAACUCAGAAAGACCCUCAGGAUAAAAUUGCUUAUCAGGGUUAUCACUAAGAUUUCAAGUUGCCGGGUAAAUACAACAAGUAGGCGGGGAAUCAAACGGCUAGGGAUUUCUUUUGGUUCUAUUUUUCUUCUAUUUUCCAAUAAAAGUAGCCUGGGGCCACUCUCUUAGUAGCCGGGGAAAAUCCCCGGCCCCCGGCUCUUAAUGACAACCCUGCUUAUGUUGUGGAAGACCUAAAAAAGACAUAUACUCAAGGCUCUUUUUUGCAUUGAAUGGAGUCCUUGAAAAAUGGGAAAUGUGUCCUUGAAUGUCCUUGAAUAUGUGUUCAAAAAAGGGUACGAACUCUGUAUCUGGCACAGCAUGUCAGAACUAGUGAUUUUAUAUGUUGUUAUAAUCUAAAACUUAUUAUUAUACAGUACCCAGAAUUAUAAUGCAUUCUUCAUCAAAACAAUGUGGUGUCCUAAGUGUACAGUACGUUAUUGUGCUCAUUCAUGUACAGUUUCUUCUACAAUGGAUUUAUUUAUUGCUGGUCCAAUUAUUUUUCCUUAUGCAGUCCAGACAACGAGGAGGACCACCCCCCAAGGGACCACCUGCCAACAUGCCUGGAGUCAAUUCUGUUGAAUUUCCUGUACCAGGAAAUAAAUGUGGCUUGAUUAUUGGAAAAGGUGAGUCACAUAAUGGUGAAAUGAUGAACACUAAAAAAAUCUUUAUUUCUGAAAGUGUAAAGUACUUGUUCAACUUUCCCUAUUAAUAGAUAUGAUUUAUUGCAUGUACAUGAGAGAAUAGUAAAUUUAAGUCACUAACUGCUACCCUUAGCUAGCACUCUGCCAAAACAGUCACAUUGCUCAUACCUGCACGAGUAAAAAUAACUGCAAUUUAAUCAAAACCACGGCAUCUGGUGUUAGCAGUUUUCUUUCGGGUAAGUUGAUAUUAUGGUGUGUCUAUUUAUUUUUUCAGGGGGUGAGACCAUCAGAAAUAUAAUAAACAUGUGUGGAGCCCAUGUGGAAUUGAACAGAGCUAUCCCUGAGAGUGCUCCAACAAAAUACUUUAUUAUACGAGGUACACCAUUGGGCGAGAACUUUUUCUUGUUUUAUUUUAAUAAUGUUGAGAUUUUGUCACCAAAUUUGUUUGUUUUUUUUGGGGGGGGGGGAAUUAUUCUGAGAUAGUAGGUCAUGAUCAGGGAAAGACAAUUCACCUUGAACGAUAGAUUUGGAAUCUAUUCUCCUCUGCUUUGGCACACUUGAUCACUGCGUGAUCAAACAUAGCAGUCAAAAGGGAAGAAAGGAAAUGAUUAUCAUGUAAAGGGUUCUCGAUUUUCACAUAGUUAUCUUCACAUCAUUGCCGUGGGAACUGUAUGAAAACUGCAGAGAAUAAUGCAUGCCAAUUUAAAGGUUCAUAUGGUUGUAAACCAUUUGUACUUGUAGGGAAGACUUCUUCAGAAGGGUUGAUGUUGUAGUGACCUAACUAUUGAUUUCUUUUGGUUCUAUUUUUCCUCUUUUUGUUUUUUCUAUGAAAGUAGCUGGGGAUCAUGUUUAUACAUGGCCAUGUACCAUGGUGACCAAAAUAGCUUCAGCUUGGAGUGCUGGAGCCAGGCAACUUUAGAACUAAUGAUUGUUAUGUUUUGAUCAAAGGUACUGAUCAACAGAUCCAGCAUGCCCAGCAGUUGAUAAGGGAAAAGAUUGAAGGGGAUCGUGCUGGCGGUGGCAACUUUAACCAGGGAGGGGGGCAAAACUGGAAUCAGCCUGGAUGGAACCAGCAACAGCAGCAGGGCCAACAGCAACACCAACAGCCACAGCAAGGGGGCUGGUCACAGUAUGGUGGCCCAUAUGGACAACAACAACAGCAGCAAUAUGGUCAGCAAUCACAGCAACAACAGCCUCAGCAAUACGGCCAACAACAGCCACCUUAUGGUGGACAGCAGCCCCCACAGCAACAAGUAAGAUGCAUGCUACAAUUGCAGUAGUAGUGAACUACAGCAUUUGUAUUGGGAAUAUUUAUAACUUUUGUCUCGUGUUAAUCUUCUUAUGAAGGAGGUAGAAGCUGUAAGGAAGAAGGCAGGCUCCAGUUUUUGUAUUAAGUUUGCAAAGUAUAGUCUAGAUAACCAGCUUGAUUGUACAGUUAGAUAUCUGAAAUUAUAUUUGUUUUGUGUGUGAGAGUUUAAGGUAACCCAACUUUGAGCUAAAAACCUAAACAAAUGAUAGUUCAGAGUAAAAAAUAUCACUCCUCCUAUUUUUUCUGAGGGGAGGGAAAGGCUGUAGACUAACUACCCCCAUACAACAAAAUUUUCACUUACAUGUAGGACAGUUAUAAGUUGGUGAGGUUUGCCUUUGAAUGUUUCAGUGGUACAUGUACAGCUUUACCUAUAAGAUAAUGGUUGAACUGUUGUGUAAUAAAACUUAUAUCAUGCUUAUUGUUUUUUUAGGGUCAGCAGCCAGGGCAGCAGCCAGGUAAGGUUAUCUAAUGUCAUUUUAUUAAACAUGCAAACAGUUCCGGAGAUCAGUUCAUCUUUCAUAUAAUUGUAAGGUUUCAGGGCGUGAAGAAAAUUUGAAUUCUAGCUCACCCAUUGGAUAAGCAGCGUUAAAAUUUUCCUUGCCCCAGGACAGCUGCACGUAUGCUUGUCUUAGUAUUGUUUUAUUGUGUUUUUUAUUGCCUGUGUAAGCAGGAAAAGGUACAUGGCCGGGAGGGACAACUUCUUGUGGCGGAUGAAUGAAUGGAAUAUGGCUUAAGCCCCAAAAAAUUCCACUUAAAAUGUAGCCCUUGUCAUAUCAGACUGAGUCCACUAACAUCUUAACAUCCCCAGGUGAUUUUGUGAUUGUUAUGAGGUUACCAAAAUGUUUUGGAGUCAAUGAAUUUGAGACGAACAUUAGACCCUUAGUUUUUCUUGUUUUGAUCGAGAAUUAUUUAUUUUCUUCAGGCCAGGGUCAAGUAGACUACUCUGCAGCAUGGGCAGCUUACUAUCAACAGUACUAUCAGCAGCAAGCGGCUGCCGCUGCCGCAGGUAAGUUGAUCUCGUCUCAGUAGCUAUUGGUAGUUGAUAAACAAGUAAAACGUUUAUUAUUUCCUCUUCCUUUACACCUUGGUAAUUUCACUUUCUGUAUCCCAGUAUUGCUCAAGCAGUCUUAGUCUUUAGUCUUAUCCAUACAUAUAUUUAUAGUUCUUUUUCGUUAACGAUAUGUAUUUUGUCACUUAAUUUUUGUUUUAUAAUUUCAGUUUGAGGGCCACUAGUUAUUCAGUUGAAGUACUGUCCCAUGUUACCCUUGUUAAAUAAAGUUGAUUAUGAUUAUUAUUAUUAUUAUUAUUAUUAUUAAGCAGUAUAACAAGAAAUAUGAAAUUAUGUAGGAUUUUUGGACUGAUUGAGGUUACUUAAUUGACAUGAUGUAUGCACUCCUGUGACUGUUAAAACAGUGGUUGACCCUUCAUACAAUUAAUGGUCGGUUUUAGUCUUGUUGGGCGGAUAGCCGAUGAAACAACCAUUCUGAUAACACGUAACACCCUCCGAUGAACUAUUUGUUAUGUGGGAAGAUUUAAUAACUUGUGUCCAAACAGGUCAACCAGGAGCCCAGCCAGAUUACUCACAAGCUUGGGCAGAAUAUUACAGACAGCAGGGAUACUAUUACCCAUACCAGCAGCCACAGCCAGGACAACAGCAACCACCACAACCAGGAGUACCAGGACAGCCGCAACAAGGACCCCCAGGGGGACAACCGCCUCAGGGGGGACCCCCAGGGGCACCACAAGGCCAGUAGAAGUUAGGUGAGUAGCUAUGGUAAUGUUUGAUUUGAAGGGGUAGUGUUAGUGGGAUAGAGUAGGGGAUGUUUCUUGGAGGAGGGGGGGGGUGGGUAGUGGUAGUUUUGCUUUAGUCAUUGUAUGUCAUUUGAUGUUUAUCUUCAGGGCAUUUUUGACAUAACUUUUAUAAAGACUAAGAGUACAUGUAUCAUGAAUCAGUUCUUAAAAUGUUUAAGAUUUUUCUUGAGUUUACCUAUGCUGUGGUGAUGAUGAAUUUUAUUGUUAUUUACUAACGGUGAUUAUCUGAGAUUGACAUUGUAUAGUCAACUACUAAAUUAUAUCAAAGAAGAGCGAAAGAUCAUGCAAAGAACUGUCACUGUCAGGUCAGCAUGCCACUGCACAAUCAUUAAGACAUGUUCUAUGAUAUAAAGAAAAUUUUAGAGAGAAUUUAUUGAACGUAAUGAAAUUAACUUCUCCUUGGCAAGACUGAGUGGGUCUGUGUGUUAAAUAAUCAUUAUAAUUAUAUGUUUUCUGUUGCUUUGGGUAUCUAGAUUAGUCAAGCAAUGAGUGGCUUAACUUAUUUUAUACAUAUUUUAAAGGUGUUGUGUUAGCUCUUUCACCAGAUUCGUUAAUGUUGACGAGUUCGCUAUCAUCACUUGUCUCUUGUAGGAAGAUGGCAACAAACAGUGCUGCAGAAGAAGACCCCAACUUUUACCCUAUGGUUUUCUCUUUCAACAUCAUGAUCGUGAUUUUGCUACCUCCAUAAUCAUAAACUGUAUCUUGUAUAUUUUGCAUUUUUAGUUUAUAUGUGUAAGCAGUUGUUCUGCGUUUGUACUAAAUUUAUUUGGAUGCUUUUGUAAACAUGACCGUUCAUGUACGCUCCUAGACGAGCCUGAAAAAACCGUCUCAUAGGUAGGCCGCUAUUAAAGAAACCAUUUUUAUUUGUGCGUGAAUUGUUAUUUUGCUGCAAAUACUUUAGGUAAAGACGUCAGCUCAGGGACUCGGGUGAGUCAUUUUAGAGUGGUCUGUCGUACUUGAUAAACUUAAUUUUAUCCCUUUCCCUAGUAAAGAUAUUCAGUAUUUUAACAAAUAUUUUUUAUUCUUAAUCGGUGAAAAUAAUAAUAAACAGCACAUCGUAAAGUAAUACCUACCUGAAGGUUUACUUAGUUUGUUUAGGUGAAGAACUUAAAUGAAAGUUCAUAUUUUAGGAGAACAAUUUAACGUUGUUAGAAAAAAAGCACUUUUGCUUACGUCUUAGACUGUCUGUGGUCAAAAUUUAUGAAAAAUCCCCAGUUUCUCUUAACAUGAUACAUUAUGUUAGCAAUGCUUAUUUGAAUUUUGUUCCUUGACUCCUUAGUUGAUUCUUGGAGUUAAAACCUAAAGAAACCGUAUGACAUAACGUUACAUGUAAACAGUGACCUUAAUAAUAGAAAUAAUGUUUUUGAAGUAGGGCAUUGCUCUUUUGUUGUGCUCUGUUUCUUAACUUUUACGUACAUUCAUCGUUUAAAAACUGUUUCACUGGCUGUUUGCACUGGAGUAGAAACGUCAGCCUUUCGGCAUAUCUUUUUGUAUGAGGGCUUAGAAUAUGUUUAAGUGGAUUUAAAUGGUUGUGUUUUUAAUAUUCUCUACUUAUGUCUUUGGAUGGGAAUUUUGUAUCUCAUAUGUUAAUAACUUAAUUGAAUUGUUUUUGUCUGUGUCGUUGCCUACCAGUCAUGAAAAGGAGGACGUUCUUAGUUUCAUGUUACGGCAGUUACAAAACUUAACUUUUACUGUCAAACAGAUUAGAGACGUAGGAAGUUCAGGAAAGACAUAUUCUUGAAACUAAAAGUGUUGUCCUUUUCCCUAAAUAAGUCUCAUAUAUACCUUUGUAUUCUCAUGUCUAUCGUUUUAUUCAAGUUAAAAUUAGUUAAGAUUGACUUGUUGCCUUUUUUCUGACCUGUAGCAGGCUCGUCCCUUUUAAAGUUUAUCUUCAAUGAUAUGAAACAGUAAUGUGUGCAUUGGGACGGUCAUUUUAAAACGUAGCCUAGUAAUAAUGAUUGAAAUCAGUAUUAUGACAUUUGUUUUGUCUUGUAUGAAUGCUACUUGCUUAGACUGUCAUGGUUAAUGUCUAUUGAAGUUUUUGUUGUUGCUUUUUGUAUAUGCAAUCUUGCUUGUAAUAAAUUGUUCAGUCUAGAUUUUUAGGUUGGGAAUAACCACGCUGAAUAGGAAAAGACACAGUAAACUUACAUAUUAAAAUAGCAGG